AUGCGUCUCAUCGCAGCACUUGUGGCACUUUUUGGCCUCUCCAUCGCCUCUUCUAUGGACGCUCACAAUACACCUAAAUACCCUGAGAAGUCCUCUUCCCGAGGUUUCCACCUUAUCGCCAACGUUACGGAUUGGUACCCCCGCCAUCUCGCCAACAAGGUUCACGGGCAGCCUAUCGAGGCCAUCUUCCUCGGCCAGUUAAAUUAUAUACUUGGCAUCGAAAAAGGGUUAUCGCGUAUAUUCUACCAGAACGGAACUGACAGGGACCUCAAAUACGGCGAAGUCGGGAUAGUCUCGGAUGGCGGCGCGUGGCCAGUUGUUCCGUAUGGCAUGUGGGUGCGUCGUGAGAUCCUAACAAGGCAUAUCAAAUACAGCCUCAGAUUGAACCCUGGCAUUGGCGACCUUGGACUUUCUAUCUCCAGGGCUCCAUCGCCGUAUGCUGUGCUCCAGCUGGAAAUGCUAGCCGUCUGCAAGGAGCCGAUUGGCCACAGGGGCUUCGCGCAUGCUAUGAUAAUGAGGUCGUUCCAGGACCCUAAUACUGACCGUGACGAGACGCAAAUACCCAAGGAGUGUGUUCCUGUUCGGUUGAUACCUCAGUGCACGCCGCUCAUGCCGGUUUCCCAUCACGAUAUGGCCAACCAUGCCUUUGUGCAGAGAGUGGACUGUUACAAGAAUGUAUCUGCUAUUGAUUGGACGAAAUACGCCCCUUUCCCUGGUAGUAUGGAUUUUGACAGGGACGUGAAACGGGUUGACGGAUAG